GAUUCGUCGUCUUGCUCAUGACCUUCAAUGACUGGAUGAACUUUGAUAAAAAUUACCGGCAGGUGUUGGCUGCAAGAAUCCGACUGAGGGUAGAUGACGUCAACGAUCAUUCCAGCCGUCUUCUGGCUGACAACGUUUGCUUGUCACCGAGCAUGAUCAAAACCCUCGAAAAUCUGAACUUAAAAUACAAGCAACUCGAAGCGGCUGUUUGUCACCGAGUGGCAAUGUUGCAAGACGCCCUGCAUGACUUCGGUCCUUCUUCUCAGCAUUUUCUUGAAAGUUCAGUAUCAUUGCCUUGGGUGCGAAUGGUGUCUCCUGCUCGAGUUCCUUACUAUGUCAAUAAUAAAGCCGGAACGACUCAAUGGAACCAUCCGAAGAUGGUCGAAAUCAUCAAUUCUCUGUGCGAUUUUAAUGAAGUGAAAUUCUCGGCAUACCGAACAGCGAUGAAACUCCGCUUUCUGCAAAAAAACCUUUGCCUAGUGGCGGCUCGUCGCCUGACGCCUCGCUUGUGCGACACUGACUUUCUAGUGGACCUGUUAUCGAUGAGCGAUGCGGUGUUCGUCUUCAAGCAGAAGAAGCUACAGAACGUCAGUGACAACCCGAUGGACAUCAGCGACAUCAUCAUGACAUUGCUGCCGAUCUACGAACUGUUGCAGAAGCAGAACAGCAAACUAAUCCGCUCCGUUCCGCUAGCCAUCGACCUCUGUCUCAAUUGGUUGCUCAACGUCUACGACCCGUAAGC